AUGACUGACAACAACACGCUGUUUCGUGGGUUAAUGCAAAAACCGUACGAACCCACGUUCGUACCGAAGGUGAACGGAAGGUUGUACUACGAUCUGCCGGAUGCGUACCUCACCGAUCAGUACCGUCCAUUCGGUGCCACGAUACAGACUCGCUUUUCCACGAACGCCGAGGUGCGCGUUCCCUUCCCGAACAUUACGCCACCGGAUCUUGGGUUCGCGGAUAUGGUCAAACGUCGAGGAGCGUUCUCUAUCUUUAACUCUGGCCAUCGGAGGGCCGCAGGUAAGCUGAUACAGUUGUUUCUCGAUCAACCGGACCCAACCGCGCUGGGUGCGAUGGCGGCCUAUGUGCGCGAUCGCGUUAAUGCACCGAUGUACCAGUACGCCCUUGCGGUCGCAUUGAUCCACCGGGAGGACACACGAGACGUGAACAUUCCGAGCUUUUUGGAACUGUUCCCUGAUCGUUUCGUCGAUCCGGCCGUAAUUCCGCAGCUGCGUGAAGAGGGCAAUCUGCUGGAGCGUGGAAACAGGCGAGCGAUCGAUCUGCCAACAAACUACACGGCAUCCGAUCGUAUUGAUGAACAAAAGGUCGCGUACUGGAGAGAGGACAUCGGGUUGAGUCUGCAUCACUGGCACUGGCAUCUGGUGUAUCCGUCGACGGGACCGGAUCGAGUCGUUCGAAAGGAUCGCCGGGGUGAAUUGUUUUAUCACAUGCAUCAGCAGACGAUCGCACGGUACAAUAUCGAACGGUUUGCGAAUGGGUUGCCACGUACGCGAUCGUUUAGUCAGCUGAGAGAACCGAUUCCGGAAGCGUACUUUCCAAAGAUCGUACGGAGUUCCGAUGGCAGGGCGUAUUCCUGUCGAUACCCCAACCAGCUGAUGAAUGAUGUAAACCGAGUUGAGGAUGGAUCGACGGUUAAACUAACGGACAUGGAUGUUUGGAUCAAGCGGAUUUUUGAUGCGAUCGAUGGUGGUGUUGCACAGGCGACCAACGGUGAUCGUGUGCCGCUCAACAACAACAAGGGAAUAGAUCUGCUGGGCGAUAUACUGGAGGCGAGUACGCUUUCCAUAAACUUCGAUUUCUACGGCGAUUACCACCAGAAUGGUCACGUUAUGCUGGGUUACAUCCACGAUCCCGAUAACUCCUACCUCGAGGGAGUGGGCGUGAUGGGUGAUCUGACUACGACCAUGCGCGAUCCUCUUUUCUACCGUUGGCAUCAGCACAUCGACGAUAUCUUCGUGCGGCACAAGCAAAAGCUUCCGGCGUACACUAGCGACGACCUCGCCUUUCGAGAUGUCACAGUGGACGCUUUCAACGUGCAGUUGAACAAGACGAGCGCACCCCUAAAUGAACUGCUUACUUUUUGGCAGCGAUCGCAGUUUGAUCUCGGCACGGGGAUGGAUUUCGUCCCCGAGGGUAACCUGUUCGUGACAUUCACGCACAUCCAGCACGCGCCGUUUAGUUACCGGAUCCAGGCGACUAACCGCGCUAGUGGCACUCGACGCGGUACGGUGCGUUUGUUCCUUGGACCAAAGGUGGACGGUAGCUCUCAGAAGCUACCAUUUAGCCUGCAACGGCGCCACAUGGUGGAACUGGAUAAGUUUACGGUUGAUUUGCGCCCGGGAGAAAACUCGAUCGUACGCCGAUCGGAUCAAUCGAAUCUGACCAUUCCGUACGAGCGGACGUUCCGCAACAUCGCAGAAUCGAGUCAACCCGGUGCUGAGGUGUUUCAGUUUUGCAACUGCGGAUGGCCUUCGCAUAUGCUGCUGCCCAAAGGAGGGCCAAACGGUUUGCAGUAUGACUUUUUCGUUAUCAUUUCCGACUACACGCAGGAUCGCGUGGAGGAUUUCAACGAGAACGACACAUGCAACGAUGCACACAUGUUUUGUGGUUUGCGUGAACGGCGUUAUCCCGACGCCCGGAGUAUGGGCUAUCCGUUUGAUCGUUUCACUGCAAGCUCCGUGAACAGCCUGCAGGACUUUGCUCGACCGUACAGGAACAUGGCGGUUACACCCGUUUCCAUUCGGUACAUCAACAGCGUUAUUAAUCGCUAUGGAACCAACGCACAGACGCGUAUUCCGUUGCCGAAUAUUACGGCGCCGGAUCUGGCAUACGCGGACUCCAUCGCUCGUCGGGGUGGAUUUUCGGUGUUCCAGCCAGCCCACCAGCGGGUGGCGAGUCAGCUGAUCGAGCUGUUCCUAAGCCAACCGAAUCCGGACGCGCUCAGUGCCAUGGCUGUGUACACGCGCGAUCGCAUUAAUGCGCCAUUGUUCCAGUACGCUCUGGCCGUGGCGUUGAUGCACCGUAGUGAUACGCGAGACGUCGAGAUACCAAGCUUCCUGGAGUUGUUUCCCGAUCGGUACAUCGAUCCAGCUGUCUUUCCGCAGCUACGUGAGGAGGGCACUCUGGUGGAACAGGCCGAUCGACGAGCGAUCGAGAUUCCGAUGAACUUCACCGCGUCGGAGCGUGUGGACGAGCAACGGCUUGCCUACUGGAGGGAGGACAUUGGCGUGAAUCUACACCACUGGCACUGGCACUUGGUGUAUCCGGCCAGGGGACCGGAUCGGAUCGUUCGCAAGGAUCGGCGUGGAGAACUGUUCUACUACAUGCACCAGCAGACGAUGGCUCGUUACAACACCGAGCGUUACGCAAAUGGUUUAGCACAUGUAGUGCCGUUUAGAAACCUUCGCGAGGCCAUUCCGGAGGGAUACUUCCCCAAAAUUACGCGCAGUUCCGACGGACGAUCGUAUCCCGCCCGGCAUCCUAACGAAUCGUUGAGUGAUCUGAAACGAGUCGAAGAUGGCGUCAUCGUGUCGAUAGCUGACAUGGAGCUGUGGACGUCCAGGAUACUAGAAGCGAUUGAUAAUGGGUUCGCGCUAUCGAGCAACGAUCAGCGCGUUUCGCUAGACAACGACAGUGGAAUCGAUUUGCUGGGAAACAUUGUGGAGGCAAGCACGUUGUCGGUGAACCUGCAGCACUACGGUGAUCUGCAUAACAACGGACACAACAUUCUGGGCUACAUACACGAUCCGGAAAACUCGUUCCUGGAGGGAUUCGGUGUGGUCGGGGACAAUACGACGGCUAUGCGUGAUCCGGUGUUCUACCGCUGGCAUCAGCACAUUGACGACAUUUUCGUGCGCCAUAAGCAGCGUCGUCCUGCGUACACUGGGCAAGAGCUCGCGUUCAACGAUGUGGCGGUGGACAACUUUGAGAUCCAGCUCAACAAAGCCAACGCCCCUAUAAACAUCCUGCUGACGUUCUGGCAGAGAUCGCAGGUGAAUUUGGGCACGGGACUGGACUUCGCACCGGACGGCAACCUUUUUGCGACGUUCACGCACAUCCAGCACGCACCGUUCACGUAUCGCAUUCGCGUGAACAAUCGCGCUGGUGCCACUCGACGUGGAACGGUGCGUAUUUUCUUCGGUCCCAAGACAAAUGAGCGAGGCCAAACGCUGCCAUUCCGCGAUCAGCGCCGUUUGAUGGUGGAGCUGGAUAAGUUCACCGUAAUGCUUAACGCAGGUGCCAACACGAUCGUACGCCGAUCGGAGCAAUCGAGCGUUACUAUUCCGUACGAGCGGACGUUUAGAAACGUGGCCGCGUCUUCGCUGACGGGUAACGCAGCCUUCCAGUUCUGCAAUUGCGGCUGGCCCAAUCACAUGCUGCUUCCAAAGGGCUCUCCCGAUGGGCUGGAGUACGACUUUUUCAUCAUGGUUUCCGAUUACACUCAGGAUCGCGUGGAAGAUUUCGAUGAAAACGUGAAUUGCAACGACGCGCAUUCGUUCUGUGGUUUGCGAGAUCGGCGCUAUCCAGACGCUCGUAGCAUGGGAUAUCCGUUCGAUCGGUUCACGCCUGGGUCGGUUGGAAGUUUGCAAGACUUUACCAAGCCUUACAUCAACAUGCCGAUGGCUUCUGUCAGGCAAAAAUUCCACGGCCUACUACAGCAUCCGUACGAACCGCUGUUUCUGCCCAAAAACGAUGGAAAGCUCUUCUACGACCUGCCGGAGGAGUUCUUCACCGAUCGCUAUCGGCCAAUUGGGCAAAAUUUGAUCAACCGAUUUAGUGCCGCAGCGGCUCAACGGCCGAACACGAGCGCAGCAAUUCCGUCCGCGGCAGCUACGAGUCGAGUUGCCAUCCGGAACAUUUCCGCUCCUGACAUCAAGUUUGCCGAGACCAUCCCUCGAAGGGGUGGCUUUUCGUUGUUCAUCCCAGAGCAUCGACGGAUUGCGGGACGUUUGAUCGAGCUGUUUCUAUCGCAACCUGAUGCGGACACUCUGGGUGAUGUAGCUGCCUACGCCAGGGAUCGUCUGAACGGUCCCCUUUUCCAGUACGCGAUCGCAACAGCUAUGGUGCACCGGAGUGAUACAGAAAAUGUGCCGGUGCCUUCUUUUCUACACCUGUUCCCGGAUCAGUUUGUGGAUCCGGCCAUUUUUCCGAAGAUCAUGGAAGAGGGUCGAGCCGUGUUGCAGCCAAACCGGAUGGCGGUCGAUAUUCCAAUGAACUACACGGCCUCGGAGAAAAUUGCUGAGCAACGGUUGGCGUACUUCCGCGAGGACAUCGGUGUGAACCUUCACCACUGGCAUUGGCACCUGGUCUAUCCUGGAGAAGGACCCACGAGCGUGGUACGGAAGAGUCGUCGUGGUGAGCUGUUCUACUACAUGCACCAGCAGUUGAUAGUCCGAUAUCAGGUCGAACGAUACGCGAACGGGUUGGGUCAAGUGGUGCCGUACGAUAAUCUUCGCGCUCCCAUUCCGGAACCCUACUAUCCGAAGAUCGUUCGAAGCGCUAACAAUCGAACGUACCCGGCCCGGUACAGCAAUAUGACGCUGGAAGACGUCAACCGUCCGGACGAUAAGCUGCAGGUGUCCGUUGCGGACACAGAGCGCCAGCUGAGUCGCAUAGUAGAAGCAAUUGACGCUGGUGUAGCUGUUUCGGCCAACGGGCAACGCAUUCCUUUGGACAACUUCCGCGGUAUCGACGUGCUGGGAGACAUUGUGGAGAGUUCCGUACUCUCGAUCAACCGCCCGUACUACGGUGAUACGCACAACAACGGGCAUAUUUUGAUCUCGUUCAUCCACGAUCCCAAGGGAGACUAUCUGGAGAGUUUCGGUGCGAUGGGUGAUGUGACGACAGCAAUGCGUGAUCCUAUCUUUUAUCGCUGGCACACUUACGUGGACAACAUCUUCCAGCGGCACAAGCUCCGAUUUUCACCGUACACUGCGGCCGAUCUUGCGAAUCCGGGCGUCAAUCUGUUAAACCUCGAAACGGAGCUCGAUCGCCAGGGUUCGGUGAAGAACUUGAUGCUGACGUUCUGGCAACGCUCGCAGGUUGAUCUUGGCACUGGGUUGGACUUUGGUCCGGAAGGUAACGUGUUCGCGACGUUCACGCAUCUCCAGCAUGCUGCCUUUAACUAUCGGCUGCAGGUUGCUUGCUCUGGUGGGGCCCGACCUGCUACGGUUCGAUUCUUUUUGUCACCAAAACGCAACGAACGAGGAACGCUCCUGACGUUUGAGGAACAACGACGUUUGGCCAUCGAAUUGGAUAGGUUCAAGGUGAACUUAACUCCCGGUAUCAAUACUAUCAUACGUCGAUCGAUGAAUUCGAGCGUAACGAUUCCGUACGAGCGAACCUUCCGAAACGUGUCGCAGUCGAACGCGGGUGAUGAAAUGUUCCGAUUCUGCAGCUGUGGUUGGCCUUCCCACAUGCUCAUUCCAAAGGGCGAUGCAAAAGGUGUCGAGUACGAUCUGUUCGCGAUGCUUUCGGAUUACUCCAAAGACAAAGUUGAUCCUCCGUUCGAAGAGGCCAAAAACUGCAAUGAUGCUCACUCGUUCUGUGGAUUACGCGAUCGCGCUUAUCCGGAUGCCCGGAACAUGGGCUUCCCGUUCGAUCGACGUGCGUCUCCUUCCAUUAGAUCGUUUGCGGAGUUUGUUGCGCCGUAUCAAAAUAUGCGCGUAGCUACGAUAACGGUGCGCUUUACGAACACUGUUGUAAUGUCUGACAUUGAAACUGGAUUCCUCUGUCUCAUGACACGUCCAUCGGAGCCUCUGUUCUAUCCGAAGUACAACGGCGAAGUCGUCAUGGAUCUUCCCAGGGAGUAUCUUUCUGAGCGCUACCAGGACAUCGCGGAUUCCAUUAAAACUAACCUCGGAUCAACGGCAAAGCAUCACGUGUCGGUUAAGCUCGUGGACCUGCCCGAUUUUGGCUACGCAGAGCGUGUUCCACGCCACGGAGACUUCAACAUAUUCAAUCCCGCCCAACGGCACGUCGCAGGACAGUUGGUGGGCGAUCUGUUGGCUCAACCGGAUCUGGAAACGUUGCUAUCCGUAGCGUCGUACGCUCGAGAUCGGUUGAAUCCAACCAUGUUCCAGUACGCGCUCGGUGUGGUUUUGCUACAUCGCAAGGAUACCAGCACGAUUCCGGUGCCUUCGUUUUUGGAGAUGUUCCCCAAACGCUUCGUCGAUCCGGCGCUCUUUCCGAAGCUACGCGAAGAAGGUUUCGUUGUGGAGCAACGCGAACGUGUGGCCAUCGAAAUGCCACAGAACUUCUCUGCUUCCGAAGCCGAACCGGAACAAAGAUUGGCCUACUUCCGGGAGGACAUCGGCGUGAACCUUCACCACUGGCACUGGCAUUUGGUGUACCCGCAGGAAGGACCGGUUGAAGUCGUUCGAAAGGAUCGUCGGGGUGAGCUGUUUUACUACAUGCACCGUCAGAUUGUGGCCCGGUACAAUGCGGAACGGUUCAGUAACUUGCUGCCACCUGCAACACCGUUACACAACCUGCGCGAGCCAAUUCCGGAGGCGUACUUCCCGAAGAUCUUGAACAGCGCGCUGAACCGGACGUACCCGGGAAGAAUGGCAAACAUGGUGUUGAGUCACGUCAAUCGUCCGGAGGAUGAUGCGGUUGCCACAAUUUUGGAGCUGGAAUCUUCUUUGGGCAAGAUUAAGGAAGCAAUCCAGUCGGGUUUCGCCAUUUUGACGGAUGGAACCCGUGUGCCGUUGGACGCCAAAACCGGCAUCGAUACGCUGGGAAACAUUAUGGAGAACUCCGUCGUCUCAGUCAACGCUGCGUACUACGGGAACUACCAUUCGCUGGGCCACAUUAUGAUCGGCUACAUUCACGAUCCGGACAAUCUGCACCUCGAAAGCCAUGGUGUUAUGGGUGACAUAACGACGGCAAUGCGUGAUCCAACGUUCUACCGGUUCCACGCUCACGUCGAUGACGUCUUCGAUCUCCACAAGCUGAGGUUGCCAGCGUACACGCAGAGUGAGCUAUCAUUUCCGGGCGUUUCCAUCGUUGAUGCAUCGGUUCAGAUCACGAGUGGAAAGGCGGCUAGAAAUCGGCUGCUGACGUUUUGGCAGCGCACUCAGGUUGAUUUGGGGACGGGACUAGAUUUCGGCCCGCAUGGUAACGUGUUGGCGACGUUCACGCAUCUCCAGCACGCUCCAUUCGCGUACCAGAUAAUGGUGCACAAUGAAACGCACGACGAGAAGAAGGGAACCGUACGCAUCUUUCUGGCACCGAUCUACAACGCCGACGGUGGUCAGCUGCUGUUGGCUCAACAACGUCGGUGCAUGAUCGAGCUGGACAAGUUCGUCGUGAAGUUACACCCUGGCGAAAAUCGGAUCAUUCGACGAUCGGAUCAGUCCAGCGUGACCAUACCGUACGAGAGGACGUUCCGACGGGUUGACGUCUCCAACAUGCCCGGAUCGGAGAGCUUCCGGUUCUGCAACUGUGGCUGGCCGGAUCAUAUGCUGCUGCCCAAGGGUCGCCCGGAAGGACAACCGUUCGAUUUGUUUAUCAUGGUGUCGGACUACAAGGCGGACGCGGUUAAGGCACCAUUUGACGAGAAGGUUGAUUGCAACGAUUCACAUUCGUACUGUGGUCUUCGCGACCAGCUAUAUCCUGAUCGGCGUGCUAUGGGCUUUCCGUUCGAUCGUCCGAUGAUGCCACAGGAUCAUUUGAUGCGAGAUUUCGUCGACAAAUUCCCGAACAUGAGCCGGACGGUGGCGGAUGUGGUGUUCACAAAUACCGUCAUUUCGAGGACAUGA